ACAAGUGGGCAGGCUGAAGUCUCAAAUCGUGAGAUCAAAAGGAUUUUGGAGAAGACUGUUAGCCCUAACGGGAAGGAUUGGUCCCUACGCUUGGAGGACGCUUUGUGGGCUUACAGAACUGCAUACAAAACCCCCAUUAGCAUGUCCCCAUAUCGGAUUGUGUAUGGCAAGCCUUGCCAUUUACCUGUGGAGUUAGAGCAUAAAGCCUGGUGGGCCGUGAAGCAGUUCAACAUGGAUCUUGAUGAAGCUGGGCUUCAUAGAACAUUGCAAUUGCAAGAGUUGGAAGAGAUAAGGAAUGACGCCUUUGAGAGUAAUCUUCGCUCUCAUUGGAUUGGGCCUUUCACUAUUACUAAUGUGUUCUCCCAUGGAGCUGUGCAAAUAAAGAGUGAACAGACUGGCAACGAGUUCAAAGUGAAUGGCCACCGCCUGAAGCCCUAUUAUGAAGCAUUUGUGGAGCAUGAAGUGGAGGAUGUAUCCCUCCAAAAUACCCCACAACCAGAGGAUUAA